AUGGAAUUGCCUGUCCCGGCUACUAGGCGACGCGAGACAGUCGACUGUUUCAAUUGCGCAGCAUCACGGCGAUCCUGUGAUCGAACAAAACACCGGUGCGAUACCUGCGCGAAGUCGUCCGAGCACUGUGAGGGAUAUCCAAGGGCACUCCAGUGGCUCACAGGCGUCACGUCUCGGGGGAAACAGAAAGGCCACUCUAUCAGUAUCGACGCUUCGAACACUGCGUGGGAAUCCACAACACCGACGAAUCACACCUUCAUAUUCAAGCAAGGACGGCCACCGAGAAGGGGCAGAGUCGAAGUCGGGACCCUUAAACAAAAAUGGAAGGCUAGAUCAAGAGACACAGAGGCGCAUGACUGUCGACAGGUUAUCAUCCGAGCAGAGUCAAGCCAGCCCGACGCGUGUGUAGACUCACAGCCGCGCGAUGAAAUGGCAGCGCAAGACAUGUCUGACUUUGAUGCCUUUGCGACUCUCGAUGUUGCUUCAGAUACCGUCAACACUCAUGAUCAUCCUGCUUUAACAUAUAACCAUGAAACUCCAUCUGCCAUUCCACUCGCCUCGGAAUCAUCCAGUCUUAGGUGGAAGGAUACGAGCGAUUUCACGGGGGACAACGACCUCUUAGUUCCAUCGGUCGAAGCUUACGGCGAAGCAUACUCAGCCCCGCUGACUCCUCAGCCCACCAUUGGAUCAUCUGGACUGCUCGCUUUCUACGACGCCGAAUUGUGUACUCUUCCCCUGACGUUUGACUUUUCGGCGAAUCCGUUCCGCUGCAACUCAGAUCCAUCCCAGGGGCCUCAAUACCUCCUCCAUGCCCUUCUAGCCUUCUCCAUACAGCACGUUAGCCGUUUGGGAAACUUGGCAUGCAAAGACUUGACGGAUCAGCAGAUAGCGUCGUACAGGUAUUCUGCGAAUAACCAAAGCACAAUCGAGCUCAUCUUCGCCGGGGAUUCUACAAAGCACUUCGUUGUCGAUACCAUUUUGAUCCUCUUUGCGCUGGAUACUCUUACCUCUGCCGCCGGACCUUGGUAUUCGCGCCUAAGUGAUGCUUUUCAGAAGCUAGAAACGCUUGGUGGAGUGAACGCGGUGGCGAGCUCUUCUCGAUUUCAAGCGCAGAUUGCCAUGUUUGUUUGGUGGGACUGCAGCAUCUCUCUCAUCUCUCGAUCGCAGCCCGUAUUCCCAUCAUCAUACUAUGAUUUCGUGCUGUCCUGUGACGAUAGUUCCUGGAGCAUCUUCACCAUAUCAGGAGUGCCACGACAAUUAUUUCAGUACUUCCGCGAGCUGCUUCAACUUGCUUAUGAAAAGGAGCAAAUAUCAUCAUUGAGAUAUGCGACUUUCGACAUGAGUCGAGUUAGAGAACUCGAGCAAUACAUACAAGAAUACUCUGACGAGGGCUGCGAAAUGUACGGCGCAUGUGCUGACGAAGAAACUGUUCAGUCUGCGUACGAUUAUUAUCAUGCGAGCAAUACUUGGAAAUAUGCUCUCCUACUGUACAUCUGCCGCGUCUUCAACUGGGACAGAACCAGCAGCGCUUCAAUGGCUCAGAUCUCAUCGCUUUCCAGGCAAUUGCUAGACAGCGCGCGAUGCUGCAGGCCGGAAUCGAGCCUUCAAAAACAGUUCUUGAUCCCGAUAUUCCUAGCCGGCGCAGAAGCGACCGGGGCUUAUUCGAGAAAUUUUGCAAGGGACUACUGUGAAGGAUGGUACAGGAAGUCGAGAUAUAACAUGUUUAUAGAAGCGGCACAUCUUAUGGAAGAGAUCUGGAGACAAAAGGAUGCCCACGACGGCGCCUCCGGCAUAUGGUGGGGGAGUCUGAUAGAACCAAGGCGGCCUAACGCGUCUGAGUUUCUAUUUGGAUGA